AUGAACGUUCUGCUGAAUCAUACGCGCAUAAAAGGAUUAUGUCGCAAACAUAUCCAACACACGUUGCGUUUGUUUUCGAACGUUUCACGUUUAAAAAUACUAUUCUUCGGCACAGACAACUUCUCACUACCUAGCUUGAAAAUAAUUCACAAAAAUCUAAUAGAUAAUGGCAGAGUACAGACACUGGAGGUGGUCACGUCGUUCAAAGCAGCGAAAAAUCCGGUGAAGCAGUAUAGUCGUUCAGAAGGAAUACCCAUGCAUGAUUGGGCGCUCUUUCCAAAAGAUAUCAAUAACACGUUCGAUCUUGGUGUGGUUGUAUCAUUCGGUCAUCUAAUUCCGGAAUCUUUAAUCAAUUCGUUUAAUCGCGGAAUGCUCAAUGUUCACGCAAGUCUACUGCCAAAGCUAAGAGGUGCAGCUCCAAUAGUACAUGCUAUUGCAAAUGGUGAUGAAACCACCGGAAUCAGCAUCAUGCGUAUCAAACCAAGACAGUUUGAUGUGGGAGAGAUUCUUUCUCAAUCCAUUGUACAUAUUGAACGAGAUACAUUAAUGCCACAACUUCAUGACCGUUUGGCGCAAAUAGGUGCCUCGUGCCUGAUUGGAUGCAUAGAAGAUUUAGAAACAUACUACAGCAAACUAAUUAUUCAGGACGAUUCUCAAGCAACCUAUGCUCCGAAAAUUGAUCAAAAGUUUGCUGAAAUUCGAUGGGCGGAAGCUGGAGCAGUUAGAAUUUAUGACCUCUACCGUUCGUUGUACGGUUUGCGGCCCGUUUGUACUUCUUUCGUUGGUGAACUAGUGAAAAUAUUUAAAAUGUCAUACGAUCGAGGGCAAUCGAAAACUGUCCGUGAAUUUGUGCCUGGCCACAUGGAGUACUCCAAACGUACAAAGCAAUUGUUAGUACGAUGUUGCGAUGGUGAGCUGCUUGAAAUAUUGCAAUUAUCUGUUGGAGGGAAAAAGAUCCUAACGGGGCAGGAUUUUUAUAAUGGUUUUCUCAGCAAAGUUAACCCGUCGGAGAGGUACUUCAAGUGAAGAUAAAUCCUCGAUAGUAGAAAAAAAGUGUAA